ACGCAUGUAUAAUUUACAAUAAACGAAAUCAAACGACAGUGAGGAAAGAAAUAUUCGCGAGUCAAAGAGCGACGACGGUGCGACGACGUUCAGUUGUCGGUGGUUGUUUUCUUGUUUUUCUCUCUCGGGGUGUUUUAAUUCAGUGGCUCAUCGUCAGUCGUCGUCAUUCUAAACGUCGAUGCACCCUCAACCGCUCGGACCAGGUGUCAGCAGGUCUACCGGCUAUCAUUGAGGUGGAGCGGUUCGAGAGGAUACCAGGUUUUCAACCCCUAACUUCAGGGUGCAGUGCCUAGCGCCCCUCCGCCCUCCAUCCCCUCUACAAGAGCAGGAAUCAACCCCGGAGCAUCGUUGCCGCGGCGAGGAUGCCCGUUCGUAAGCAAGAGGCGCACAGGGCGUUGGAGCUGCUGGAGGAUUAUCAUGCCAAGCUUACACGACCCCAGGACAAACAACUGAGACUGGCGAUCGAACGUGUCAUAAGGAUCUUCAAGAGUCGGCUAUUCCAGGCGUUACUUGAUAUUCAGGAAUUUUACGAGCUGACGCUGCUUGACGAGAGUAAAUCGAUACAGCAAAAAACUGCCGAGACAAUCCGUAUCGCCAACAAGUGGGAGGCCAGCGACGGUCCAAUCACUCCAACAUUCGCCCAGAACGACGGUGGUCCCACCUCUGUCUUCUCCUUACCGCAGACAAUACUGAACCUCUAUGAACGUGGCUCAGCCAGUCCCGACGUACAAGGACAUCAUGAGGCGAACCAGAAGACGAGAUUCGCUGGUAGCGGUACGGAAGAACAACUUCCCCCGCCUCCGUCGCCCGCACAACUCAAGGAGGCCAGCCAAUUGGAUGGGGUUCCUAGACUGAAUUCGGUCGACCGUAUUCUUCACUCCGAUAGCUUGAACAAGAGCCACGACAGCUGGCAGGGACACGACAGCGAUCAGGCACAUACUCCGUUACUAGCCGGUGACACGAGACACGUUAACGGAGACGAUGACUGGGAGUACGAGGAAAUCAUCCUCGAACGAGGCGGCGCUGGUCUUGGAUUCAGCAUCGCUGGGGGUACCGACAAUCCCCAUAUCGGCAACGACACCGCCAUAUACAUAACCAAACUGAUACCCGGGGGUGCGGCCUCUGCCGAUGGACGUCUUCGCGUAAACGACACCAUCCUUCAGGUCAACGAUGCCUCCGUCGUCGACGUACCUCAUGCCACUGCCGUCGACGCCCUAAAACGGGCCGGAAACACCGUUAAAUUGUACGUGAGACGACGAAGGCAGGCCUCGAACACGCGGCUACUGGAGAUCGAAUUAAUCAAGGGAAACAAAGGAUUGGGAUUCAGUAUCGCUGGUGGAAUCGGCAAUCAGCACAUACCGGGCGACAAUGGGAUUUACGUCACGAAAAUAAUGGACGGCGGUGCCGCCCAAGUCGACGGACGUCUCAUCGUCGGCGAUAAGCUCGUCGCUGUCAGAAACACCUUGCAAGGUGAUAAAAAUCUGGAAAACGUCACGCAUGAGGAGGCAGUCGCUACCCUCAAAGCUACUCAGGAUCGCGUUGUUCUCCUUGUUGCGAAACCGGAGGGAGUUUUACCCCCGCCACCUUCUGCCUCCGAUUUGUCGCUGUCGCCUCAGCCACGGAAACAAAACGGUUCGGUUUCAGCCUUGGAAAAUAAUUCGUUAGCUUAUUCUCAAGAAUCACGUCACGCCUCUUCGCUUGCACUUCAUACAGCGUCGACGCCUCGCGCCGUUUCACAGGAAGACAUCUCAAGAGAAAUCCGCACGGUAGUUUUGAACAAGGGAACAUCCGGCCUUGGUUUCAACAUCGUAGGAGGCGAAGACGGCGAGGGUAUAUUCAUCUCCUUCAUCCUAGCCGGUGGACCGGCGGAUCUUAGCGGGGAAUUGAAACGCGGCGAUCAAAUUCUCAGCGUAAAUGGAAUCAAUUUGCGGACGGCGACUCACGAGGAGGCUGCUGCCGCCCUCAAGGGUACUGGUCAGACAGUGACAAUCGUCGUACAGUAUAAGCCAGAGGAUUACAACAGAUUCGAAACCAAGAUCCAUGAUCUGAAACAACAAAUUUCUCAGCAGAAUAUGAUGACAGGUACCCUGAUGAGGACCUCGCAGAAAAAAUCACUCUACGUUAGAGCACUUUUCGACUACGAUCCGAACAAAGACGACGGUCUGCCGAGUCGCGGUCUGGCUUUUCGCUACGGUGAAAUUCUCCACGUAACUAAUGCGAGCGACGACGAAUGGUGGCAGGCCAGGAGGGUCACCCCUCAGGGCGAAGAAGAGGGACUCGGUAUUAUCCCAUCUCGUAGACGUUGGGAGCGCAAGCAGCGGGCGAGGGAUCGAUCCGUCAAGUUCCAGGGCCACAUGCCUGUCAUAUUGGACAAGCAAUCCACCUUAGAUAGGAAAAAGAAAAACUUUUCGUUUAGCAGGAAAUUCCCGUUCAUGAAAAGCAAAGAUGACAAGUCUGAAGACGGUUCGGACCAGGAACGGUCACCCACAACACCUGAGAAUGAAACCGAUGCUAUGCCAUUCAUGCUGUGCUACACCCAGGACGACACUAACACUGAAGAUUUAUCUUCCGCCACAGGAAGUAAAGAAAUUUUGUAUCGUGUUGAACUACCCUAUAUGGAAGAACUGACAUUAGUUUAUCUGGAAAAGGACGGUGAUGAAAAUGUUGAGGAGCUUAGCAGCGAAGAAACUAUUUUAUCCUACGAAGCUGUGCAACAGCUCGCUAUCCAGUAUACCAGACCUGUCAUCAUUCUUGGACCGCUCAAGGAUCGCAUCAACGACGAUCUAAUUUCUGAGUUCCCAGACAAGUUCGGCAGCUGUGUACCACACACAACGAGGAGUAAAAGGGAGUACGAAGUUGACGGUCGAGAUUAUCACUUUGUGGGAUCGCGAGAACAGAUGGAAAGGGAUAUUCAGAACCACCUCUUCAUCGAGGCUGGACAGUACAACGACAACCUUUACGGCACGUCUGUUGCAUCUGUUAGAGAAGUUGCAGAAAAGGGCAAGCACUGUAUUCUUGACGUCAGCGGCAAUGCUAUCAAGAGGUUACAAGUUGCACAGCUCUAUCCUAUCGCUAUUUUCAUCAAACCGAAAUCUAUAGAAUCAGUGAUGGAGAUGAAUAAGAGAAUGACGGAGGAACAGGCAAAGAAGACGUAUGAACGUGCUUUAAAGAUGGAGCAAGAAUUCGGUGAAUACUUUACCGCUGUGGUACAAGGCGAUACGCCAGAAGAUAUUUACUUGAAGGUAAAGGAGGUGAUCAGCGAACAGUCAGGCCCAAGCAUCUGGGUGCCAAGUCGAGAUCAGCAACUGUGACGACCUGCCCCCAACCCCCACCCCCAGCCACAUCCCAAUUCCAAUCCUAAUGCCUGGACCUUACCUCCCCGGCGUAACGAUUAAAUAUACAUUAAUGAAUAAAUUAAAUAACCCUCUAACGCCUUCUCCCCCACCUAUGUAGCACAAUGUCCUAGUUAAGGCGCGUCGAAGCUGAUUGCUUCAGUAUAGUCUCGAAUUGCCACAAGGAAUUUAACAAAAGAAAAUAUAAUAUUCAGUCUCCUCUCAAAUUUGUUAAUAAUAAUAAUAAUAAUGAUAAUAAUAAUAUUGUGUGAAUAUUAGGACGGUAGGCAAUGACUCAUAAUCCAAGUAUAUUGUUAAAACAAAUGAUUUAUAUAAUAGAAUAUGAUUAUAAUGAAGAAAUAAGCGUCUUGCUUAGUUAUAUAGAUGAGAAUUAAGAGUUCGACGUUGUUCCCGUUAAAAAAAAAUACCUAAUACUGAUAUUUCGUUGCACGUGUUGUUUGCAUGAAAACGCGAGUGCGAUAAAAUUUAUAUCAAUUCGUGAACAGAGUCGAAUAAGAAGGUGAAAGGAAGAAGAAUAAUAAGUAUUUUAUUUUUGUAAGAUAGAAAUUUCUCCAUUAAUGAAUUCAAUUGACAAACUGGAUCACAACUAGGUUUAUAAAUAAUUUUAUAUUUAGCGUUGUGAUCGAUUUGAUCAAUUAAUUACACAUUGCUCGCAGAGACAAUUAGUUCGAGCUUAAUUCAUAAUUAUACCUUUUAAAAAACGAUAGUGUCUCAUAAGUGUGAUUACUGAUUAGAGACUCUUUCGGUCAGCUGCAUAUUUUUUUUUCAUUUAUUUUAUUUCAUUUCAUUUUAAUCAGUCUCUAUCACACGGAAUUUAAAAAAAGAGACACACUGUGGAAGUAAUUAACGAAGAAGAGAAUUUUAAUUAUUACCUACUUAUAAACUGCUUUUAUUCAUUGACUGUAAGAUGUUACUAUAUUAUGAGUUGUCACGAAUAAAAAUUAUCUAUAAAUUGUAAAAUAUAUACUACUUAAAACCAUAUAAUAAUAGACUUUGUGAAUUCAUAACGUCGAAUCAAAUACGGACAAUAAAGUCUUGAAUACAUUUGCGAAUUAUCAAUGAAAUUUAUAUGGUUUUAGUGGAAUCUACUUCGGGAAAAAAAUUCUUUAACACAAAUUUUUGCCUUCAAUCACUGACUCUUAUAGCUUAUUGGUUAUACACGAGUAAAGUAGUGCUGUAUUUUUUAAUGUACUUAAUUGCGUAGCGUAAUAAAAAGAAAAAUAUGUUACGAAAUUUAUCGAUUAAAAGGUAAUCGCUACGAGUAUUAAACACUGGAGGACACGAGAUACCAAAUUGCUAUCUAAUCUAUCUCCCUUAUUCCUACUCCGUUACAUCAACUCUGAAUUGCAAAGUGAAAGCGCGUCGAAACGUAUAGAUAUAAGAGAUAUUAUACAUAAUAGGUAGAGUAUGAUACGGUGAGAGGAGGGCAGAUUGUUGUAGGCAGCGAUGUAGUAACUCGAGAGAAAAAAAGGCGCAAUUCUCACGAUCUAUUAAACUUAACCUCACAGGACAAAUCUCUAGAGCUAGGAUAACAAUAUAUAAUGUUUUGUACAGCUAGAUAACUAAGCCAGUAAUGGGUUACGUGCAACAUUAUAUAAGAAUAACUAUUGUAAUUUAAAUAUUACUAAAUUAUUAUUAUUAAUACAUAGUAGGUAUAUUACUGUAAAUACCUAUAUAUUGAGAUGAAUUCGAGAAAUGCAGAAAGUAAAACGAAGAGAAGAAGAGAAUAAUUUGAGACCUUAAGCCUCGACUACAUAUUUCAUCGUCUGUUUACGACGUACGCAGACUGUCACUAAAAGUGAAAAUAUUAUCUUGUUGGCGCCAGUCCGCGUAAUUCAUGAAUGGGCUGUAUACUUACGUUACCCAAACGGUGUUGAUAUUUAAAUUAAUGGUAAAGAAAAUACAUGGAUUUUUAGUAGGAGAAUUAAGAAGAAUAAAGAGUUAAUAGAGAUGUUAUUAAAAAGAACAAAAAUUAAAAUAAAGAAUUAAAUAAAUUGUUUGCCAAGUUCAUUAUAAUUUGUAACAUAAAUUUACUAAUUGUAACGAAUAAGGUUUUCUCAUUUAUAUCAGUGGUUACGCGGUAUUAUACCUAUGUAUACAUGCCUAUUAUAGCCAAACGGAAAAUUUCAUCUGGAUUUGGUGUAAAGUACGCUGAUUAUAUUCGUAUUGAUACCCAGUUGCCUUUUACUGUGAAAAUGAUAUUUUCAAUUUAAAAUACUACUUAGUUUCAAUGUUCUCGCAUAGUUUUUAACAGUUGAAUUGGUAAAGUUUCUUUUUUCCUACCAUUUUCUAUUUAUCGGUCGAGGCCCGUUUGGAUACUACCCGAUUGGACAUGGAAUAGAAUGGGAAGUUGCAUUUGCUACAGCACGAUUCGACACCGUAAAUUAAACGUAACUUGCAGAGGCCUAACAAGAAAAUUUAUGGUUUCAUAUAGCGACGGAAUACGAUGAUUCAAAAGAACUCUGGCAACAAGUCACGCGGGAAAAGUUUUAAUUCGGUCUUCAUUAUACCAUUUCAGAAAUUAUUAAUAAUGAUCACAUUCUGUUAUCAGAAAUUAUAAGACGCAUUAAGAAACACGCUGUCAGUGUCUGUAGCUUUCAAAACGUUAAAGUACAUACAAUGAAAAUCAGGCCUCUUGCAAGUUCUGUUGAAAUUUGGUAUUGUCCAAUAUAACUUGAUUUCAUUCAGUGUCCAACCAAGCGGUUGCCUAUCGGGAUUCACCAUUUUUGUCCUCAGUUGAAAAAAAAAAAAUUCUAAACGGUAUGCAGUGUCGAGUUUCAAAUUCUUAUUUACAGAUACUUGUAAUACUGUCAACGUAAUAACGAUGAUUAAGCUUAAGAGGCCCAGGACUCACCGAACGUUGACGUCAGAGAGAGAUAUUUCUCAAUAUAACGAAGAUAUAAUCGUAUAAGAUGAAUACUAUUACAACUAUUAUACAUCUCUAUAGUCUAUUUAAUAACAUUACUUAUUGAAUUAUCAAUCUCAUGUUCACCUUGUUUCGUCGUUUUUAAAUAGUUAAUAAACGUUUUACCAAUUUUAAGAACA